CCCUCGCCGCGCGCCUUGGCCUUCCGCGCGGCGCGCGUCACUUCCGGGUGCGGGCGCGAGCGAGGAGAAGAUGGCGGCGCUGGGGGAGCCUGUGCGGCUGGAGAGAGACAUCUGCCGAGCUAUUGAGUUGCUGGAAAAAUUACAGAGGAGUGGAGAAGUACCACCACAAAAACUACAGGCUUUGCAAAGGGUCCUUCAAAGUGAGUUCUGUAAUGCUGUGAGAGAGGUAUAUGAGCACGUAUAUGAAACUGUGGACAUCAGCAGUAGCCCAGAAGUGAGAGCUAAUGCUACAGCAAAGGCCACAGUUGCUGCAUUUGCUGCCAGUGAAGGUCAUUCACAUCCCAGAGUUGUUGAACUGCCAAAAACAGAAGAAGGUCUUGGAUUCAACAUUAUGGGAGGCAAAGAGCAAAACUCUCCAAUCUAUAUCUCUCGAAUUAUCCCAGGCGGUAUAGCUGAUAGACAUGGGGGACUGAAACGUGGAGACCAGCUUCUUUCUGUAAACGGAGUGAGCGUUGAAGGAGAACACCAUGAAAAGGCAGUAGAACUGCUGAAAGCAGCUCAAGGAAAGGUUAAGUUAGUUGUACGUUACACACCAAAGGUCCUGGAAGAGAUGGAGUCACGAUUUGAAAAAAUGAGAUCGGCAAAACGCAGGCAACAGAACUAAUACUGUACACUGUAAUUUAUGGAGAAAAUUAUAUUCAGUUUUACAAUUAACCGUUUGAUUUGUGACCUAACAACAUGAACUGCCCUAAACUAUAAAAGAUGCUAUCCUUUGGAGGAAAAAAAAAACCUGUUGGCAAUUUUAAAAAUGCCUUCCCUAUUAACAUCGCUUAGUUCUAAAAAACCCAAAUGCUUCUUGAAAAAAUAGUUUACACAAGCAUUUCUAUCCAGUUGUUCUUACAGAUCUUUUGCAAAUAAAAUCUUUAACUGUCAAGACAAAUGUAUAGACUUUUUUAAAAUGCAUUUUUAAUAAGAUGUACUUUACAUUUGUAACAUUCUUUUUUCUAAAGAUUUUCAUUUGGCAUUAUUUUAAAAUUGAUGAAAGUUGUCUUCAAAACAUUUUUGUGCUUAAUGAUUAAAAAAAUCAAAGACUUUUACCUAUGAAGUGUCAGAGAAUAACAGAGUUUUGGCACUUUUCUUCUUAAAAGCAUACUGUACAUCAGCUACAUAAAGCUAAUCAUGACUUAUUUUGUAAUUGGUAAUAAGUACUGGGUUUUGUAAUUUUUGAUGAGUGCAUUGUUUUUACAUAUGUGCUAGGUCAUAACUCACUAUGAUAAAUGUUAACUUGGAAAUUUUGUUACCUCUUCUGUAAAUAAUUUACAAUGAACAUUCACUUAUAAAUGAUUUUUUAAUAAUUGACAUCUAAAAAUCUGGAACAAUCAUUCCUAUAAUUUAUAUUAUUUUAUACUAAUUUUUGAGCAAUUAGAGAAAAGUUGUAUAUUGAUUGCUAUUCAUCUUGAUUGUAUCAAUGUCUAUUCAUAUUCAGAAAAAAGAACAGUAUAUUUAAUGCAAUGCUGAAAGAAUUUCAUAUGUAUUUCCCUGACUUUUCCACUUCUUGUUUUAAAAGGUAUUUUUCCUAACUGGGAUUUGAAUUUGUCCUAUUGCAAUCCUAUAAUUUAUAGAGAUGAGUCACACAGGAUUGGGAGUAGUUAAUACCUAAAUUAAUAAAGAUUUUCCCUUUUGUGAGACUAAACAGUGGUGUGGGAUAUCCUGGUUGACAGCUAUAGUGACCUGCAAAAGUUAACGAACCUCACAAAAUUAUCUGUAAGAUUCCAAAAGAAGAAAAAUACGGAUAACGUUGUAUUUUAACAAAAUGUGAUUUAUUAGCUACUUCUAAUUUGGAGAAAUCUGAUUCUUCUGGUUUCUAGUCCAGAAUGAGCAGUAUCAUAAUAUACCAUGAAUAGAGAAUGUGGUGUUACCUGCUUUGGGGUAGGAACGAGGAAAUCUGCAGAUCAGAUGCCUCCAGAUGUGAAGUGGCUAAUGACUCCCUCAGUUGUGGUGCAGUGUUAUUUUUAAGCACAGUUGAGACGAUUACAUUUUUGAACAGCUACAUACUUCUUGGAAUCUACCAAGUUCUGGAUUAUGCCCUUUUUUGUAAUGACGUCACCUCUUAGUAUACAUCUAGAGGUAGCUUGACAGUACACUGGGUGUCUGUUCAAUUGAAAGGCAGCUUUAAGUGCAUCCAGGGCUGGCUCCAGCCAAAGCAAAAAAAAAAAAAAAAA